GAUGUUUGGAGGAGAGAAUGCCUUGCAGAGUUGGCAAUGUCUUCUUCGAUCGGGGGGAGAGAGAAGGAAAGAGAGAGAGAGACAGAAAGAGAGAGAGAGAGGUGCAGACUGUUCGGCAGUUAAGCUGCUUCUAUCCGAUUACCUAAUAUCCGUCUUAUCCUCAGCAUUUUGUGCAUUUGCUCUGUUUGUUUUGUUCUGUUUGCUUUCUUAAUUGCAGCUCUUUUCGAGCUCUCUUCUCUGAGUGUGCAACUCAGUUCGAUGAGAUCAGCUCUCUCGUAGUUUCAGAUUUUUUUUCGGUAUUGAGAAAGAGAGAAAGAGAGAAGAGGAAAGGCAGAAGGAAGAACAAGAGGAAGGAACCAUGCCUCUGGUUCGGCGUCAAGUGAGGAAUGAGUAUGGUUUAGGUACUCCGGAGCUCUACAAAGCUGCGAACAAAGACGAUCCAAAGGCUAUUCUUGAUGGAGUCGCAGUUUCCGGGCUUGUUGGGAUCUUGCGGCAGCUUGGCGAUCUGGCUGAAUUUGCAGGCGAGGUUUUUCAUGGCCUACAGGAGCAAGUAAUGGCUACUGCAUCUAGAAGUCAUAAGAUAAUGGUUCGAGUACAACACAUAGAAGCAGCACUUCCUCCACUAGAGAAAUCUGUUAUGACCCAAAAAAGUCAUAUACAUUUUGCUUACACAACUGGUUUGGAUUGGCAUGCCAACAUUCAAACUGAACAAAAUCACCUUCUCAACAGUGACUUACCACAAUUUAUUUUGGAUUCAUAUGAAGAAUGCCGUGAUCCACCACGUCUGCACUUGCUUGAUAAGUUUGAUGCUGGUGGUCCAGGAGCUUGUUUAAAAAGAUAUUCAGAUCCAUCAUAUUUUAAGAGAGCAAUGGCUAACUCGGAAUUAAUGAAUGCUGAUAAAUCCCAAAAAGAUAAGAAGGCUCGCAAAAGCAAGAAAAAAGGGUCACGGCGGAGGAAUGGAGAAUUCCCACAUACAGAGUUAAUAUCCCGUCGCAAUGGAAGAACACAGUUUGCCCCUUCGAACAUUUAUGGGAAGAGCUCUGCUGCUAAUGUUAUCUCCAAUUUUAAUAUGAGAUCAACAUCAGAACUUGGAGACCAAUCUUUUGAUUUAAGAACCAGGUCAGAUUAUGCUGAAUGUGUUUCCAAUGGAAGUCCUUCCAUGCAAACCAAUGAACACAAGCACAGUGCAUUGUCCUCUUCUAAGCUAAGGAUGCAAUCAAAUGAUGUCCAUUCUUCUGUUGUUGAUGAACAAGAUGGAGUUUCAGAUGAUGAUUUCCUACAUGUGUCAGUGCAAGGCCGAAGUGCCCCUAAUUCAUCUUCUGUUAUGUGGUAUGAAAAGACAGAAAUAGUGGAGCCGACAGGUCAACCACAUGACCACAUUGUUGAUGAUCAGCACGAAGCUUCAGAGUUACGACCUAUGAACUUUGACUUAAAUAAAUUGGCUAAGAGAUCUGUUUCUCUUGAAAAUCAUGAUGCAGAUGGUGUCUCAUCUGGUGAUGAAAAUAUAAUUGAUGGAAAUAGACCAGAUGCUUCUUUUGGUAAUGUUGAUACAGGCUUGUUCGGUAUUGAUACACAGGAUGCAGGUUCUGUUGGGAACCAGCUUGAUGAGAUUGGAAGUGAGCCAGACAACUAUGUGGAUGCCCUUAACACUAUGGAAUCAGAAACUGAUACUGAUAUAGAAUGUCAGACCAAACGGGAAGUUGAGUUACCCACAUCCAGUUCUAAAAAUACAGAGAUGGAAUAUGGAGCAGGUUUAUUGUGUGAGAUGACUAAUCAAAGUUCAGAUUCAUAUGAUGUUGACUCUCAUACUGCAUCCUACUGUCCCCCUAACAAGCAACUGGACAAAAAUUUUGCUGAUAUGGCUCCUAAAAAGGAUAUGACCUGUGUACAAACGCCCCAUAUAUAUACCAUAUCUUCUAAUGCAAAGGUUUCAGAAGAUACUGAGUCAUGUGAAAAUAUUAAUUUUGUUAAUGUUUCUAGAGUAAAUGAUUUUGAAGUUGCAAAUGAUCAAUUUUCUCUGAGCUCCAACAUUCCCAAUUCACAGGCUCCAUCAAGUCAUAAGAUUAUGGACAGCUCCAAGUCCAAAGAAUCUCAAGCUGAAGUUUCUGGUGGACCUUCAAUUCAGUUUUGGACAAAUGGGGGCCUAUUAGGACUUGAGCCAUCAAAACCACCAGAUUUUAGUAUUUCAAACAUUCCAAGUCAGAAUCCCAUAUGUCCCACUGAGGAUGAGUCACAUGAUCUUGCAAUUAACACUGUUAGGCACACAUCCCAAAUGGGUGGCUCUUUUAGCAAACUAGACACAUUGAUUAAGACUCCUGAACACAGAGAGAAGGAUCCAAGCUCUGUGGGGGAAAAUUAUGUCUCACCGAAUGCUAGCAGCCCUACUGAUCUUCAUCCAAAUCAAGUGGCAGGGGUAGGAAACAAAUACCAAAAAACUGAUUCAUCUGAAUGUCUCAGAUCCUUCCAUGAUGAUGAUACUGUCAAGAGGAAGGAUUCUUCAGAAUUAGCUACAAAGACAGAAUGUGCUGUCAUGACUACUGGAGUGGAGUCGCCAGGUUCUUCUGAAGUCAAAGCCCCAACAGAUGAAACUGGUAAAGAGAAGGUCAAGAAUGCAUCUGGUGUGUUUAGCCUUGGCAAUAGAUUACUUGUAAAUGGUUUCCAAAGGAAAGAAUCAUCUGUCCAUGGUGACACAUCCAAACCUGCCCCCUCUUCGAAGACUGAUGCAGUGAAUUUUUCGGAACCUCCUUCCCAUGAACAGAAGAAAGGACAACAAGGAGUUACACAUCCAAUUUCUCCAAAAGGAAUCACCAAAGAAAAGCAUCAUUCAGGAUUCCCUGCAAACUCCCUUCCACCUUCACCACCACUUGAACAUAUGAAGAUUUCUUUCCACCCUACAAAUGGCUUUGAGACAUCCAAGUUGAGACUGAAAUUUCCUGAUGGGUGUCACUCUAAUGAAAACAUUAGAGAUGUCAUAUUUGCUUCAUUCCAUCUGCUUCCAGAGCCUGAUAUUCCUCGAAGGGAUACGUGUUCUGACUCUGACAAUGACACAUUUUGUCGAUCAUCUCCAUAUAUGUCUGAGGAUCUUAGCCCUCGAUCUGAGUCAAACUCUGAGCAGUGGGAAUCGGGUGAAACACGAGGAAGUAUAGACCAUAAGUUAUGCGAUGCCUUACAUAGAGUAUCAUCUGCUGAAUCCAUAUCAAGCUCCUCUCAACUGGGGGGAGCAUCCCAUGGAAAUAUUUAUCCUGACUGUGAAUUAAAAAACCUAGACACUGAAGAUGCCAUGAGACCUUUUCAUUCUGGUCCUUCACUUGAUUUUCCAAGUUUUGAUGCAGUAAGUCCUCCAACAAAUAAGCAAGAAUUAAGGAGUGGUUCAGAACAAAAGGAUCUCCCUGAAUCAAGGUCUCAUAAUUCUCAGGAACCAACACCACCACCACCUCCAUUCCCUCCAGUGCGGUGUGUGAUUAAUUGCCACCUUGAUGUGGUUGAAGCUAAGGAAGGACCUUCAUCUGAGGCUAUUGUACAUCCAAAAAAUCUGGACAUUGUGCAGUCAACCACUUCACAACCACUGUCUGCUCCACCAAAACCACCAUCUGUUAAGGAGGCUACUGCAUGCCCACCAAACAAAAAGCAAGGCCAGCAGAAGUUGAAUGGACGCAAGGAAGUUAAUCAGGAUGGACAUGUUAAGGAAGUGGAUGAAAGGGACGAUUUACUGCAUCAAAUUAGAACUAAGUCAUUCAACCUCAGGCGUACCACACCCAAGAAGCCAAACUUCUCAUCCGGUCCCACUACCAAUGUCAAAGUUGCUGCAAUAUUGGAGAAGGCAAAUGCAAUACGCCAGGCUGUGGGAAGUGACGAGGAAGGGGAUGAUGAUUCCUGGAGUGACGAUGACUGAUUUUCUAGAGGGCUUGAUUCAUGUUAUUCAAGCCAUGUUCAGCCACCAUUGUAUCUUCCCACUUGAUGUUAUCAGGUGAAGCUGUGUUCUAUAUGUGCAUAUAAUCUCAGUUCCUUUGUGUAAUUAAAUUUUAGGGUUCAUAUUGUAUUCUUUUACAUUUUCUCGUUGUAUUAGGUUCAAUUUAUGUUAUAAACAAUGACUUGAGUUCUUGGAUGACGGAUUCAUGAAGCAUGUAUGCUAAUCUUCCCAGCAAUUAUUUCCCUAUAAUGCCUGAGAAAACGAGCAGGCUUUAUUAUGGGUUUGGCCUUCGUUA